AUGGCCAGUGCAAGCAACGACGAAGUCCGAAAUGGCGUGCCAGGGCCAAAGUCAAACGCAACGGUUGAGGCCGUAGCCACGCCAUCCCAGGCUAACCACACGCUCGAGGAGUAUGAACGGUUGUUCGGCAUCGACGAGGAUGCAUACGAGCAGCCGACAACUACUCGUAAAGAACUGUGGGCAUACUAUCUUUAUUACAAUGGCGACAACGGCGUUGGCCCCGGCUCCUAUAGCCAAGCCCUGUUUCAAUGGGCUCUCAAUGGAGCAGGUCACCAGCCCGAUACCGAUCCACCCCUGCCCUGUGCGGAUUCUUCUGCCUGUUUGGUGCCCUGGGCUGGAGGCACACGAUCAACUUCCUCCGUUAUCUUAAUUGCCAACGGACUAUGUUUCGCGUUUAUGACCAUGAUUUUUGUCUGGCUUGGGAGCGCUGCUGACUACGGCUCUUUCGGACGAUGGUUACUCCUGGGAUUGACGGUCGUCUGUUGGGCACUACAGUACGGUAUGCUGGCAAUCCGAAAUCCAUCGCAGUGGCCGGCGGCCAUGGGAAUGUAUGUGGUCGCAUACAUAGCCUACGGAGCAACGUUGGUAUUUUAUGCAGCCGUGUUCCCCCGACUAGCCAGAUACAUGCCCCACGUUCGCAAGGCACGAGAGGAAGACCUUAGAGAGGGGAAUAUUACCCAGGAAGAAUACGACCAGAUCGAGUCACUGGAGAAGAACCAUAUCAGCAACAUCUCCACGGCGCACAGCAAUAUUGGCUACCUUUUGACCCUUGCCCUCAACCUGAGUGUUCUGCUUCCCAUGCAAAACAACCAGUACUCAAAUAACUUGGCGCUCUGUUUGACGAAUUCAUAUUGGGUGGUUUUAGGAAUCUGGUGGUUUAUUUUCCAGCAGAAACGACCUGGGCCCAAAAUUCCCAAGGGCUCCAGCUACACCACCAUCGGAUUCAAGCAGAUUUGGCUUGCUGUGAAAGAAAUCAGAUCACUUCCACAAACAUUUCUAUAUUUCUUGGCCUACUUCUUGCUUGCAGAUGGACUCAAUACAACGGGAACCUUGGUCCAAAUCAUCCAGAAUGACUACGUCUCGUUCUCUUUCUUACAAAUCACCUACCUCGGCAUCACCCAGGCUGCAUGUUCAAUUACCUCAACGAUGGGAUUCUGGUACAUUCAACGGUAUUUCAAGUUCAAGACGAAGACCAUGUUCCUUGUCACCAAUUUCUUCAGCGUCUUCAUUCCCUUUUGGGGGAUGCUCGGACUGUGGACCACCCGGAUUGGCUAUCAUCACAUAUGGGAGUUCUAUUUCUACAACGUCAUUUUCGGGCUCUUCCAAGCACCAUAUUACGCGUAUGCACAAACAAUGAUCAGCGAGAUCACCCCUCGAGGCUUCGACAACAUGUUCUUUGCUUUGUUUGGAAUCACUAAUCGAGCAUCUUCCAUUAUCGGACCGAAUGUCAUCCAAGCCAUCAUCAACGAUACACGCAACAACUGGAUGGGCUUUCCUUUCCUAUUCGCUGUUUGUGCUGCGGCAAUGAUCGCUAUCGGGUUUGUAGACAUUGAUAAAGGACGGGAGGAUGCGAGGCGCUUCACAGAAAGAACCAAGGUAGACCGUGUUGUUGCCGAGACGGGCCUGAGUGCCGACGCAAUCAAUAACAAGGGCAAUGGAGACGUGACGGAGGAAAUCAGGGAGCAUUCUGGUAAUGCUACGAGUCAACACAAUGCGGACAGAUAUUAA